AUGAACCCCAUGAAACCCGCCUUCCCCCCCACGCCGCACGGUGAUGGUUCAUUUGCAUAUGAGUGUAUACCUUGGCAACAGAGUGCCAGCCAGCCUGCAGGGUCGCUGUCAGUGGUAACGACCGUGUGGGGAGUUAGCAACACAUCCCAGAGUCAGGUCUUGGGGAACGCCAUGGGCCCCGGAGGAAAUCCUUCUAGCAGCUCCAUGGUGCCCGGCAUGGCAGGCGGCAGCUCCGCCCUCAACUCACCGCAGUUCCUUGGGCAGCAAGCAUUUGCUGAGGGCAGCGCCAACAAGGGCUAUGUGCAGCAGGGGGUGUAUGGCCGUGGGGGCUACCCCGGGGGCCCCGGCUUCACCACUGGGUAUGCAGUCGGUCCUGGAGGCCUAGGCCUCCCUUCCCAUGCAGCCCGGCCCUCCACUGACUUCACUCAGGCUGCUGCGGCUGCUGCUGUGGCUGCCGCUGCGGCCACUGCCACCGCCACUGCCACUGCCACUGUGGCCGCCCUCCAGGAGAAGCAGAGCCAGGAGCUGAGCCAGUACGGAGCGAUGGGGGCUGGACAGGCUUUUAACAGCCAGUUUCUGCAGCACGGAGGCCCCCGGGGGCCCAGCGUGCCCUCCAGCAUGAGCCCUCCCGGCAUGGGGGCGGUGAUGGGCCCCUCUGGCCUCUCCCCUGUGGGCAUGAACCCGACCCGGGCAGUGGGGAUGGCACCCCUGUAUGGAGGGCAGCGCCUGCCCCAGCAUACACACCCCGGGCCAUCUCAGGCCCAGCCGCUGCCCCGACAGGGGCUCAAGAGAGUCUACUCCAGCGAGGUGUAUCCAGGGCAACAGUACCUGCAGGGAGGCCAGUAUGCAGCCGGUACUGCCCAGUUUGCUCCCAAUCCUGGGCAGCCCCCUGUGCCUUCUCCCGCGUACCCCGGGCACAGGCUGCCCCUACAGCAGGGCAUGGGGCAGUACCUGACUCCUCCCGGCCCCACGGCACCGCAUUACAAGUCUGCAGACCAGUUCAACGGACAGAACAGCAGCUUCAAUGGAGGAACCUUCAGCUACAGCCAGCCGAGCCUGAGUGGGCCUGCCCGCUCCAUCCCCAGCUACCCCAGCUCCCCACUUCCUGGGAACCCCACGCCACCCAUGACCCCCAGUAGCAGCAUCCCCUACAUGUCUCCAAGCCAGGACAUCAAGUCCCCCUUCCUGCCUGACCUCAAGCCCAACAUGAGCGCCCUGCACCCUCCCGCCUCUGGAAAUGGCCCUUGUGACGAAUUACGGCUGACCUUCCCGGUCCGUGAUGGAGUGGUCCUGGAGCCCUUCCGCCUACAGCACAAUCUGGCUGUGAGCAACCAUGUCUUCCAGCUCCGUGACUCUGUCUACAAGACUCUGAUGCUGAGGCCCGACCUCGAGCUACAAUUCAAGUGCUACCACCACGAGGACCGCCAGAUGAAUACCAACUGGCCAGCGUCGGUGCAGGUCAGCGUCAAUGCCACGCCACUCACCAUCGAGCGUGGGGACAACAAGACCUCCCACAAGCCCCUCUACCUGAAGCAUGUGUGUCAGCCGGGCCGGAACACCAUCCAGAUCACCGUCACGGCCUGCUGCUGUUCCCACCUGUUUGUGCUGCAGCUGGUGCACCGCCCGUCGGUCCGCUCGGUGCUGCAAGGCCUUAUCAAGAAGCGUCUCCUGCCAGCUGAGCACUGCGUCACCAAGAUAAAGCGCAACUUCAGCAGUGGCACCAUCCCAGGAACUCCUGGGCCCAAUGGAGAGGAUGGGGUGGAGCAAACAGCCAUCAAGGUGUCCCUGAAGUGCCCCAUCACCUUCCGUAGGAUCCAGCUCCCUGCCCGGGGCCACGACUGUCGGCACAUACAGUGCUUUGAUCUGGAGUCGUACCUGCAGCUCAACUGUGAGCGGGGGACUUGGAGGUGUCCUGUCUGCAAUAAGACUGCGUUGCUGGAGGGCCUGGAGGUGGACCAGUACAUGCUGGGGGUCCUCAUCUACAUCCAGAACUCUGAUUAUGAAGAGGUGACCAUCGACCCCACGUGUAGCUGGAAGCCAGUGCCUGUGAAGCCUGACUUGCACCUGAAGGAGGAGCCCGAUGGGCCGGUCCUGAAGCGCUGCCGCACCGUCAGCCCCGCGCACGUGCUCAUGCCCAGCGUCAUGGAGAUGAUUGCCGCCCUGGGCCCCAAUGCUGCCUCCUGUGCCACCCUGCAGCCAGCCUCAGGCCCCGCGCCUGGCGACUUUCCCAACCAGGGUUCCAGUUUUUCGGGGCCUGGAAAUUUCCCUGAACCCUUCCCACCCACCACACCCAGCAGCGCCCCAGCCCUUCCCGAGUUUACCCCAGGGCCUCCACCCAUCUCCUACCAGUCUGACAUUCCUAGCAGUCUCCUGACCCCCGAGAAGCCUGCUUCCUUCGUCCCCAGCCAGGUCAGUGUUCCAUGCCCAGCAGGGAGAGGAGGAGGGACGGCGAGCCCUAAGGGCCCUGGGCUGUUAUAACAAGGCCUGCACAACCCCAACCUCGGGGCCCUGCCAGGGCCACAGCUGCACCACCAGAACCCUCCCCCACCACCCCGCCCACCCCUGGGCCCAGCAAGCUCAGGGCCUGCCAGUGAGCUGGCCUUCAAUGCCACUUCCAGCGCGAUGGGGCCCACCAGCAUGUCUGCGGGCGGAGAGGCCCCGGAGCCGGCUCUGGACCUGCUACCGGAGCUGACCAACCCCGAUGAGCUGCUGUCGUACCUGGGCCCACCCGGCCUUCCCACCAACAGCAAUGAUGACCUGCUCUCCCUCUUUGAGAACAACUGA